UUAUAAUUUCCCCUUUCCCCAACGAACACGACACCCCCUCCGAUUCCCCCCCAAUUCCGCCGCGUCAUCGCCGCCAUGGCCGCCGACGGCAAGCUCCUCCUCAUCGCCGCCGUCGCCGCGGUGUCCCUCAUCGCCGCCUCCCCCGGCGCCGACGCGCGCCCGUGCGGCCACGCGCAGACGCUCCUCAUCUCCUUCUCCUCCGUCUCCAGGCCCAACCCGGACCCCACCAACCCCGCGCCCCUCACCACCACCGUCGUCACCGUCCUCCGCGUCCGCCGCCUCGGCCCGCACCAGAUCCGCCGCGCCGAGGCCCUCCCCGCCGCCUCCGAGGCGGAAGUCGCCGCCUCGUCCGUGCAGGAGCGCGCCAAGGACAUCCUCGUCGUCGUCUCCGGUCUCCUCUUCGGAUUCGGCUGCGGCGCCCUCACCGCCGCGACCAUGUACCUCGUGUGGUCGCUCAUCGCCUCCACCUGCGCGUCCGGCUACGACGACGUCUACAGCGACGACGAGGACCAACUCUCCGACUCUGAGAGCCCCAAGAAGGCCGGCUACGUCAUCAUCCACGACGCCGAGGAGUACGGCACCGGUAAGAACUAGGAUUGGGGAUCCGUCUUCGGUCGUCCCGAGGGCAAGCAAAGCAUUCACAAUAAUAUUGCAUGAUUUCUUGGAAUUGUGCAGUAUAAACUGUAUGCACCUAUAUAUGUCGCGUCUGUCUGAUUCUGUCUAUGUAUGUCGUUUGGGGAAAGGAAAUUGAACUUAUGAAUGAAUACGCUCUUGAUGUGUUCUUACUUAGUCAAACUGAAAUGAUCUUACUUUGUUAUUGCAAGCAAAACAUGAAUCUUGUUGACUGCCA